AUGAAAAUGAGAAAGCACCUCCAAAAACUGCUGAUCAGCCGAUUGGCUUCCAAAAGAAUCACCCCAAGGCAAUUUAGGGCUGCUAUGAAGAAGCAUAGCAAAAGAGAGGAAACAUCAAAGAACUACAAUUUAUACGGUACAAUAAAGGCACACAAUGGUCCAGUUGAGCGUGUUGUACCAAAUCACUCGUUCAACAAAACAUUCAUAAUUUCAGGUGGAAUGGAUGGGCUAAUAAAAAUAUUUGACAUUGACAAACAGCUCCUGAUUGUCACAUUGUACGGCCACACGUGUCAUGUGAUUGAUAUUUGCAUCCAUUCGAGCGGGAAAUACAUCGCAUCAGCCGAUGUGAAUGGCACAGUACUAGUUCAUGAGUAUUACAAGUAUAAUGAAAAAGACUGCUUCAAACUGAUCAACAAGUUUGAUCUGGGUGACGAAAUACUCUUCUGUGAGUUUGUGAAGGGAUUUGCGUAUUCUGAGACCACGUCAAUUGAUCUAGUUGCGAAAGUAGACAGCAGAUACGAAACAAAAGAAAAGCCUCAUGAAAUGAUAGCAUUGACUGCUGGUGGCAAUUUGGUUUAUUUGGACAUUUUCAAAGACGAGGAGAUCUACAGAAAUACAGCACUGACUGGACACGGAAUAAAGGCCAUCUGCAUUACUGAUGGUGGCAGAUACCUCUUCUGUGGAGGAAGAUGGCCUUAUCUUGCCUUAUACGAUGUCUAUGAUCCAGAAAGCAUGAUUUUAUUAGAAGACUUCAGGAUAGAGAAUAAUUCAAUUCUUUAUAUUGAGAAUAUUGCAGCAGCAAAGAACGUCUUCAAGGUGGCUACAUCUCACAACAGUAUAGUAUCAAUCUAUCAAUAUUUGAACAAGAAAAUCAGAAAGUACACUAUUGAAGCCACUGAAUUCAACAACACUAACCAAAUGUACGUCUUCAGAAUAUCAUUUCUAGCAAAUGGCCUAUUGGUUAUUCUAGGAAGUGACAAAAUAGUCAGGAUCUACGAGGACGAUAUGUUGCUUUGUUUGGCUGAUGGAAUUGGUCUUGGAUCAAUUUACACGCACCCAUCAGAAGAUAUUUUUGUGAUUGAAACAGAAAAUGAUCUGACUUUCUACCAGGUCAUAAAUCACAGGCAGAGAUACAAAAUAGUCAAAAUCCAUACAAUUCGACUAACAAUAUCAGUUAAUGACUGUGUAUUCUCAAAUAAUGGCCAGUAUUUUAUAGCAAGUGAUGAUACUGGUGCAAUAACAUCAUACAAAUUGAAUUUCACAGGAAGAAGCACAAACACAGUUCAGUUUUUCAGGCAAGAUCUGCUGUGCAAUUCCAAUAACAGUGCAGUUGUGCACGAAUUGGUGAGAAAGAGAAUGAAAAAUGAAGAUGUGAGAGACGAAGUCUACGAAAUAAUGAAGAUGGAUGGGAUUGGUGAGUUGGAAUAUGAUGGCAAUAUUGAUGUAAUGAUAAAUAGGUUGAUUUAUUCAGAAACAGUCGACACGAAUAGAAAGAAUAGUUGGUGGUACAGUACAGCGUAUGAAGAGACUCAAAAGGAGAUCAAUAUGGCGUGGAUUACAGAAAAUAGGGCAGCUAAACACAUGAGUGCGUAUAAGAUCAAGUUUGAAAGAUCAGAUCAGAGUGAAAAGGAUAUCAGUAGUGAAACAAGUGAAUUUAAGGAGACGAGUGUACAGGAAGUACUCAAACAGACGACCAUUGGUGGACGUAAUUUCAUAGAAUCAUCCAGUUGUGAAGAGAUUCCAUCUAAACCAGUUCUAAGAAGAGAUGCCAGAAGAAUUCUGGAGAAUGACGUCAUUGGUGGGAUGAAUCACAGGGUGAUGACCAGAAGGCAGUUGAUCGAAGAAGACGCCUUGGCGAAUUUGAAAAAUUUUGGAGACCUGGAACAGAUGGAACAAAAUGCAGAAGAAUCAGCAAAGAGGAUUCUGAUUGAUGAGAACAGGAAGGAAGCAGUAGAGACGGCUGAUAUCUAUAAGAAGAAGGAGAAGGAUACACUAGCAUCUCUGAUAGACAAGGCACCAUUCAAGAAAAGUAGGAAACUGAUUGAGAAAGUUAGGUCAACGAGCAAUACGGAAGAGACUGAGAUACAGGCUGAGAAGUUAGAGAGAGUUGAGCACAUUGAAAGAUGGUUUGACAACUUGCAGUUCAACAAGAAGGAUGAAAUCUACCUGGAUAACAAAAGACUAAAACAAUUUGCACUGGAUGAAAAGAGGAUAAAGACGAAGACUGAUAUUAAGACGGGCUAUUAUACCAUAGAAGAGAUAGAAGUAGCCAAAUUGUACUAUCAGAAUGAAGAAAGUGCACCAGGUGAAGAUGUGCCACAUAUAAAAUACAUUAAGCUUACAUUGCAUAAAAAUGGGAAAACAUUCAAAAACAUCUCAUUCUACGAAAAUGGGCUCUAUGGAAUUGCAUGUCUGAAACGACAACAUGAGAACUACAAGGAGUACGAGAUAGUCACAAUUGCAGGAACAGAGAUCAGAGGAAUGAUAGACAGAAUAGAUGGAUGUAGGAUUCAGGUUUGUGACGAGUGGUUCACCCAGUCAGAAAUUUAUUGCGGAAACAAGAACCUUGAUUUGUCAAAAUAUCUGGUUGAAAAGGAAGUGGAGUUCAAUACACCAUUCUACUACAUCAAUUACGAGAGAAUUAACACAAGAAUUCGUAAUGGACUCUACAGGAACAAGGAUGACUUGGUCAGAGACAUCAAUCAGUUAUUUUAUAAGAGUAAGGAGUUAGAGAGUUCAUUUUAUGAUGAUAUUAAAGCAAAUAGAGAUAAGAUAUUGGAUGAAUAG